CGGUUUAAAAGGAAUACGAUUGACUAAAGAUUUUAAUCUUUUGAUUGAUCACAAAUGACGAAACUGCACUACGGGUGUAGAAGAAGAAGGGCAAGCAAAAAAUAAAGAAGAAAAAGGAAAAAAAAAUACAAAAGAAUUAUUGCGUGGUAGUGACUUCUCGAGCGCGCGCUUGCAUAAUUGGAUGGAUAUGCGCGUCAUCGAAAAGCUAUACUAAUAAGUCUUCGGGUUUGCUUCGAUCGCAGUCGCGAUGACAAGCAAAGCGACACGCGGAGAGCUGACUCAUCGGACGUGCGUCCGCGGAUUCCCCAGCCUUCCUCGACAACAGCAUCCGACGAGGAGAGGGUGCUCCAGGCGCACUUUUCCUCGUUACGUUCGUCAGCCUGAGACGUUCUGCGCGCGAGAUGUUCUGCCACGGACAAGUUGAAUGAUACGACCCGACUCAUGGUCGUCUCGACUGGCGGGUAAACCCCACUACCGCGCACAUCAUUCGAGCGCUUCUUCGGCGCGGAAACCGUAAACGUGUUUCGGUAGAGAACUGGUCAGUCUUGCGAAGGUUCGACGAGGCCGUGAGAGCGUAGCGUACCAAGGAUUAGCACGUUGAACAUCCGGUUGUCGCGGCGCGGCGUCUGCCCAGGGACUUCUCGGACCACAGAGAAGCGGAGUGCCGAAAAAAAGUGCCUCGGGGAAAAAAUAGAAAUUACUAGUAAAUUAGUGAAUAAGAAUAUGUGAACAAAGACUGUAUUGAAGAGGUAUAACUCGACACGCUUUGCUAAAACAUGUUCUAACGAUUAAUUAAAAAAUGCAGUGUUCUAAUGAAAACAUGAUAAACGAUUGAUACCAAUAGUAAAAAAAAAGCGAUGUAAUCAAGUGCAAAGGCGGACAAUUAUAUAUGCGGGAGUUACGUCAAUUCUUACCAGAUUUUAAAAUCCAUUUAAUGAAGUGGUAAUUAUACGUGAUCCCUGCUACUACCGGUUCGACGACUGUUAAACGAAUCAAGGUGGAAGGUGAAUAUGUGCUCAAGAUACUCUGAUUCGCGCGCAGGUGUCAAUUUGCUUUUUGGAAUCGUUCUCCUUCUAAGUGUGAUCCUGGAAACGUGCCUGGAAACAUGAUUAAAUAAAUUAUCUGUUUACUAUAUCUAGAGAUAUGUUUAUUGUAUUUUUUUUCUACAAAGUCUGAGGGUGUUGUCCAAUAGGAACAUCAGCAUCGAAUUUUUGAGAAAUUUGUAACAGAGCCUUACGAGAUGGGCAAGAUUUGUAUCUUGAUCGUGUUGCUACCGCAGCUAUUUUAUACGCUAGUGCAAGGACAGAAAUCGCCGUGUCCUGAAUACUUCACAUAUAUAAUCAAACCGGGAACACAGGAAACGAUAGGACAGAUCGAAAUUCGGUCCCCGCCAAAAAUAAGUCAACUCCAUUUGCGAGUGAUCUUAAAUGUCCCCGCUGAGUUACCCUCGACAUACGUCGGUCGACUGAAAUUGGCACGAUCAAAAGAGGAAGCUGCUCGAGAUGUUCAAGCGGGCAGGAAUUUGUUGUAUCAUGUUGAGUUUCCCUUACGUCAACCGAUUCCGACAUUGUCCGGGAUAUGGUUCAAUGGUCAAAAAUAUUGCUCGGGUCCCGAUUGUGAGUACCCAAGAGAAAGUAUCGUAACUACUAUCACGUUGGAACAUAAUUUUUAUCUGGUAAACACGCUCUCACAAAACUCCCAACCAUUGAUCGAUAGCAUUGAUUCAGAUGAAUCACAUCGUUCGAGACCGACACAGAAACGUCAUCAGAGUCCUCCGGAGACACCCAGCACUGUUGCUCCUUCUCGGUUUGGCGGCAACAUAUUUUUAAAUAAAUUCGCGACGCAAUCAGUCCCACAAUCGAUCCCACAAUCAGUCCCACAAUCGGCCCCACAAUCAAUUCCACAGCCAGUCCCACAAUAUUCUAAUUCCAACCAAUUCCUGCAGGGGCCCAAUGCCACGGCACAAACAGUAUACGAUACACUGUACAAUAAUAAUAAUAAUAAUAACAAUAACAACAACAAUAUAUACAGAAAUCCGACCCCAGUCCCACAACCUAAUAACAAUAACAACAACAAUAUAUACAGACAUCCGACCCCAGCCCGACCAGUCCCACAAUCUAAUAACAAUAACAACAACAAUAUAUACAGAAAUCCGACCCCGGCCCGACCAGUCCUACAACCUAAUAAUAAUAAUAAUAAUAAUAAUAACAAUAAUAAUAAUAAUAUAUACAUAAAUCCAACCUCGGUCCGACCAGUCCUACACCCUAAUAAUUAUAAUGAUAAUAACAAUAAUAACAACGAAUGCGGUAUCAGCAGCCUCGUUGGAAGCACAAAUCGUUUGAUCUCUAAUGGACAGAAGACAUUGCCUGGCCAAUGGCCGUGGCUGGCGGCACUCUUUAUCGUUAAAACGGUAGAAUAUGAAUUUCAGUGCGGUGGUUCCAUUCUGACAAAUAGACAUAUUCUAACAGCGGCGCACUGCUUGAAGAUAAGCUCGUUUAAUAAUGACACCAUACCUUCUAAUGUGUUGGUGGUGGCCUUGGGGCGAUAUAAAUUGUACGAGUGGCGUGAGGAGGGAAGCGUGAACCGGGAAGUCGCAAGAUACGUUAUCCAUCACGAUUACGUGCACAAGGACACCGGCGACUCCGAUCUAGCGAUUUUGUACCUCAGGACGUCCGUCGAGUUUGGUCCUUUCAUCAAGCCUAUUUGCUUGUGGACCGGUUCAACCGAUCUUCGGCACGUCAUCACUAAAGUGGGAUACGUCGUGGGAUGGGGCAAAGACGAAGAGGGCCAUCGUUACACCGAGGAACCGCAAAUGGCGAUGAUGCCGAUAGUCGGUCUGCUGGACUGUCACUGGAGCGACCAGCAUUUUGUCAAUCUCACCUCAAACCGCACCUUUUGUGCCGGUAUGCGAGACAGGAGCGGUCCUUGUAACGGCGACAGCGGGGGCGGGCUGGUGCUUUACGAUCCUACCUCGAAUCGUUAUCGGUUACGCGGCGUCGUUUCGCGAUCGCUGCUCGGCAGUGAACCAUUGUGCGAUCUCAGGAAGUACACCGUCUUUGUCGACGUGGCCAAAUACCUACCCUGGAUUCAAGAGCAGAUCUCCACGUAUUGAUAGUUUCUCGCCUUAGAACGCAAGAUGUACUGGUAGACAAGCUUUUUAGAUAAAGUCUAUCCGAAGUCACGGCAUUUAUAUAUUAUAUGACGACGUAAAGAUUAAAGUUACGAGUUUGACUCUUCACGGUGAUUCCUCUUAUCGUAAUGCAUUUAUCACGACAAUAAAGCGAAAUAUAUAAAGUACGUAAUAUUAAUGUAACUCUAACAUACCUAUCACUGUGGAUUUAUUAAUAAUUUAGAAUAAAUCAUAUCAUGACACGAUGUUAUAAUAAUAUAUGUGCUUAUUCCGUCA